AUGAUAUUAAUAUUUGCAAUUAUCAUAGUCAUUUCAAAUGCUGUAAUAGAUCCAAUCACAAUAGAAAAUUGUAAAUGGGGUCCAACAUAAUAUAAAUUGGGACAUCAAAAUGAAUAGACAACAGAAAGUGUAGAAUUCACUUAUUUCACAAUUUGUAAAUCUUUGAAUCAUAAAAUCGUCAUUGAUUUUUUUAAUGUGGAUUCGUACAAAUACUUAUUAAUAUUAGAUAUAUUGAUGCUCCUUUAACAAAUUGUAAUGAUCCUUUAUUUUAGCAUGACGUCGAUGAAAUUUUUAUUGGAACUAAAACAGAAUAUUUAGAAAUAGAAAUAUCACCAAAUGGAGCUUUAUUUUAUGCCACAAUUGGUAAUCCUAAUGGCAAUUGUUCUAAUCUUAUUACUACUUAUAGAUAAUGUGAUGAAAUUAAAUAUUUUGCUGAAUAUGUUACACCAACUGCAUGGAAUGCUCAUAUUGAAUUACCUAUUUCUAUGUUUACAUAACCUAUUUAUGCAAAUUUCUAUAGAGUAAACAAAAUGAAAGAUCAUACAACACAUUAUAUGAGUUAUAAUCCUAUCAAUGCAUCACCUGCUUGUUUCCAUAGACCUGAUAAAUUUAUUUAAUUGAUAGUGUGAAAUAUAUGUUCAUUUAUCAAAUUAAUAUAAUUAAUAUUAUGCAAG